CUCGGGUGCUUUUAUUGUGAUAUGGGGACAACUCAAACGGAAGGAGCUCUUUCUUCAAUUUCCACCGAUUUCCGGUUUUGCUUUGGUUGAAUGAAGAAGCAGCAGCGGGAGCGUCACUGAUGCUGCAGGUGCUUCGGCUCCGACGGCCGCUCGUUCCUUCCCCGCUGCACUUACACAAAAUCAACGGCACUUCGAUGAGAUGAUGAUGAUACACAGGUGGGACAUGUUGUGAGCCUCGCCCACCGCAACAGGUCCAAUAAGAAAAUAGGAGGGGGUUCGAUGCUGAGCUGUGUGGAUGCGACAGAGAGCGACGAGCUGCCAACAUGAUGCCCACGUUUCUCACCGUGUAUCUGAGCAGCCAGGACCAGCACUUCAACGAAGUUCCCAUCACUCCGGAGACCCUGUGCAGAGACGUGGUGGAGCUCUGCAAAGAGCCAGGAGAGGGCGACUGUUACCUGUCUGAGGCGUGGAGAGGCUCAGAGCGUGUAGUUGGUGAAGGGGAACGGAUGAUGGAGGUGUUACUGCAGUGGGGGCAACAGAGGGGCGAAGUGCGUUACCUCCUGCACCACCGGAGGGCCCCAGCACAGGAGGCUGGUGGAGCCAGAGAUCUGAUGAUGAAGAGGAACCAGGAGGAAGACAUGCUGACACUGACUGAGCUGCAGGAUCUGGUGGAGAGACAGCAUCAACAGAUCGACUCCAAGGAGCAGCUUUUGGCCUCUAGGGAGCAGCAGCUGUGGAGCCUGAAGCUGCAGGAUCUCCAUCACCAGCAGGGGGUGUCAGAUGAGGACCGUCUGCAGCAGCUUCGAGAGAAUGCGCUAAACCAGGAGUCUAAACUACGUCGGGUCCGAGCCCUGAGGGGUCAGGUGGAGCAGAAACGCCUCAGCAACAGUAAACUGGUGGAGGAGAUGGAACAGUUGAACACUCUGUUCCUGCAGAAGCAGCAGGAGCUUCUCCUGGCCGUGGCCAGGGUGGACGAGCUGAACCACCAGCUGGAGGUGUUGAGGAGCAACAGGAUUGAUCUUUUUCCUCCUCCACCUUCUCAUCACUACCACCACCAGAUGUCCUCCUCUUCCUCCUCCAGAGCAGAGCUGGAGCGUCUCUGUAAAGAACUGCAGCUUCGGAACAGGGUGAAGCAGGAACAGCACGUGAGGCUGCAGCAGCAAAAAGAUGCGCUGAACAAAAAGAACCAGGAGGUGGCAGUGAUGGAGCGGAGACUGGCAGAGCUGCGACAGAGACUGUGGAAGAAGAAGAACGCCCUGCAGCAGAAGGACAACCUGCCUUUGUCCUCCAACGGCUCCAACCAUGUGCACAGCCUGAGCUCCAGAGUGGCAGCGGUGGGACCGUACAUCCAGUCCUCUCAGGGACCCGAACACCAAGAGGUUCUGGUGAAAACUGCAAACGCAGACGGUGAAGCCACACUUCCCACAAAUGACUCCCUUCUAAAGCCGCCGCCACGACCACCCAAACCAGCUACAGGUUUCAGCUCCUUAACGUCAGCCACACUUUCAGAGUGGAACAACUGUCUCCAUGAAUACAGCAGCCACGCCUCCACACUGCCACACAUGUCCAACCACAGCGAAGGUAAUGAAAGCAACAAGAGCGUCACAGAUGGUCCUGGGUCUGAUGUCCCGCCCCCUGUCCCUCCACGAUCCAAUCAGAAGACAGAAAAGGUGCUCAAAGACAGUCAGGUCUGGGACAAAGGUGUCUCCACGGCAGAGGUCCCUCCACCACUCCCCAGUAAAACCAAGUCCUGCUCCGUGUCUGGACCACAGACCUGUUCCAGAACAGCCUACACCACUGGGACCUUUCCCGGUAAGGCCCAGACCCUGUGUGGCCACAGGACCCCAGGCCACAGCAACACGCUCCCUCUGGCCCACAAACAGGACCCUCCUCCGGCCGCCGCCGUCAGACCCUACACCCCCGACCCCUCAGAUGGACCCCUGCUUCUCCAUAAGCCUCAGACUGUGGCCACGUCCUCCAUUUACUCCAUGUACACUCAGCAGCACACACUGGGCAGGGGCCAGCAGCCAGGAGGUCAGGGUUCACUGCCCCGUGGUCAGACCAGAGUUUACGGGAAACCACUCCUCCUGGCCUGUGGGGGGCAGCAGUCAGUCUCCUUUGACAAAGCUGCUCUGAUUCCUGAGGCCGACAACAACAACAACAGCAGUGAACACGUGGGCAGAGACCCAGCAGAGCGCUCCACCCCUCGUCCACUUAGUCCCACCAAGCUCCUCCCCUUCCUGUCGGGCACGCUCAGCAGGAGGCCCAUUGACGCCGACCUCGACGCCCUGCGCCGCCGACUCCACCAUGCACCGCGGCCCUUGAAGAAGCGCAGCUCCAUAACUGAGCCCGAGGGCCCGGCAGGGCCCAACAUCCAGAAGCUGCUUUAUCAGAAGACCACGCUGUCGGCAAUGGAGACAAGCCCCCCCGAGGGGGCGUGUCCUCAGGAGCACAAGCCAGGCGGGGAGGGGUCUGCAGCCAAGGUGGACCUCAUGGUCUCUGAGACCUCGGAGGAGCCACAGUCCCCGCCCCCUCUGCCCCCUCGCUCACCGUUCGGCCCCGUCAGUCCACCCCACACAAAGGCAGAGGACGAGGUGUGUCCCACCUUUUUUGAGGAGUUCCCUCCGUAUCCCCCUCCACCUUACCCCAGCAGCCAGGAAGCAAAACCAGGCGACCACGCACCGGGUUCACAGCUGUCGCAGAUGACGGAACAAACACCAGCAGCGACGGGUAAGAGGUCAAUCCUGCGCAGAGUUGGCUCCGAUCGACUCACCCACGGGAUGCGGGUCAAGUUUAACCCGCUGGCCCUGCUGCUGGACUCGUCUUUGGAGGGCGAGUACGACCUGGUUCAGAGGGUCAUCUAUGAUGUGGACGACCCCAGCAUGCCCAACGACGAGGGCAUCACGGCGCUGCACAACGCCGUCUGUGCCGGACACACUGAGAUCGUUAAGUUCCUGGUUCAGUUUGGUGUGAACGUGAACGCGGCUGACAGUGACGGCUGGACUCCUCUUCAUUGCGCCGCCUCCUGUAACAAUGUUCAGGUCUGUAAGUUCCUGGUAGAGUCGGGCGCCGCCGUGUUCGCCACCACCUACAGCGACAUGCAGACGGCUGCUGAGAAAUGUGAGGAGAUGGAGGAGGACUACAUUCAGUGUUCCCAGUUCCUCUACGGCGUUCAGGAGAAGAUGGGUGUGAUGAACCACGGCGUGGUCUACGCCCUGUGGGACUACGAGCCGCAGAGGGACGACGAGCUGGGAUUCAGGGUGGGCGACUGCAUGACGGUGCUCCGACGGGAGGACGGGGCAGAGACUGAAUGGUGGUGGGCCAGAUGUGGGGACCACGAGGGCUACAUCCCCCGCAACCUGUUGGGGUUGUAUCUGAGGAUCAAACCACGGCAGAGGAGCCUGGCGUAAAAAAAAAA